AAAGAGCCCAUUUAGAGUGGGCCACGGAUAUAGCUUUCUUUCCCGCCACCACCACAGCCACCGGUUUUAAGUUACUCAUGCCCAACUCCUUUUUUUUAUGCUCCCUCUGUUAUCGACAAUUGUUUGUCUUUUUCCGUGUGUUCAGUUUAUUCUCUGAUUCUUCAGUGGGUUUGAGUUAAACUAUUCUUUUAUACUUUGAUGGUCUGCAAUUCUUUCAUUGUUCAACUGUCGGACCCAAGUCAACGCUGGUUCAGAUGCUCUUCAGCAUCCUGAUCUUCAUUUGAUUCUAAAAAUCAACGGGCAUCCAUAUUAUAUUCCUCAUUUCCUCUGAAACAGGUUCCAUUGAAGGUAGUAUUUAGGGGUUUUAAAAUGGGAAGAUAUGAUGAUGGUGGUACUGCAAGUCAGCUAUUUAGCGAUCUGAAUAGUUUCUUGAGAAGAUGCUUGUUCCGUGUUCUUUCUGUGGGUCCUAUUCCCAAUCAUUUUGCUUUUAUCAUGGAUGGAAAUCGGAGGUAUGCAAAGAAGAGGAAUCUGGAAGAGGGGGCUGGCCAUAGAGAGGGAUUUUCAUCUCUCAUGUCUUUACUGGAGUAUUGCUAUGAACUGGGGGUGAAAUAUGUGACAAUCUAUGCCUUUAGCAUUGAAAAUUUUCAAAGAAAACCUAGCGAGGUUCAAGACUUGAUGGAUCUAAUGCUGGAGAAGAUGCAGGCACUGCUGAAGGAAGAUAGUAUUGUGAACCAGUUUGGCAUUAGAGUAUACUUUAUCGGUAGGUUGAAACUUUUGAGUGAGCCUGUCAGGGUAGCAGCAGAGAAGGUGAUGAGGGCUACUGAAAAGAACAGCAAGGUGGUGCUUUUAGUCUGUGUUGCAUAUACUUCAGCCGAUGAGAUUGUACAUGCAGUUCAAGAGUCCUGUAAGCAUAAACGAGGUGAAAUCCAAGCAUUGAACAAAGAUAAAACUUCUGAUGGUCUUGCCAUUCCUGAUGUGCAAUCCUACAAAGAUAGUUUGGAUGGUUCUCAAACUCCGAAGGAUACUGGAGCUUGCAAUGAUGUGAUUAAAGGAAAUGAUGGCACUGGUAAGAGUGAUGGUGCAACUGGCUGUACUGUUGAAAAAUUAUCUGAUAAUGAAGAUGAAGAUGAACUGCAAGCAUCAAAUGCAAUUAGAAUUGGCAAUGGUGUGGUUGACAACAUUAAAGAGAAAGACAGGACGCAAGGGCAGCAUCUUGUAGUAAAUCUGGUAGAUCUUGAGAAGCACAUGUACAUGGCUGUAGCUCCAGAACCUGACAUCCUUCUCCGAAGUUCCGGGGAGACCCGCCUUAGCAAUUUCCUUCUCUGGCAGACAAGUAACUGCCUAUUGUAUUCUCCAGCUGUACUGUGGCCGGAGAUUGGUUUGUCUCACCUGGUGUGGGCAGUGCUAAAAUUCCAAAGAAACCACGCAUACUUAGAGAAGAAGAAGAAACAAUCAUAACAAUUUUGACACAGCAAAAAACAUUGAUUUAUCCAAUGGAUUAUGACAAGCUGUGCAUUGGAUGACAGUAUGGUUUUUUCUCUAUUUCAACCGGAAGCCUAGUGCCGGAAGUGUUGGAAGCAAUAAAAUAUUUUGGUGGCAUAAGUUUGCAGUUUGUAUGCUUAGUUUUGAAAUUGCCGAUGUUAUGUUACUUCUGAGUUUCACUCUUUUGUCUAAAAAUGUUGUGCCAGUUUACCACUAAGUUGCAAUGGCAUAUACUUCCUCUUUAUCAAGGAGAAUAAGUUAUAAAUGUCUCACUUUUGGUUCAAAAAACUUAUGCUGAAUUACAGGGGAAUAUUUGAUGUAUAUUACUAAAUAAUUAUGGUUUAAAUGAUUAUCCCUAGGGUUCCAUAAAUAAAUCCCCUUGGUGUGUUUAAUGAAA